UUCGUAUCGCGUGGGCGAGGCGGCAGUGAUCUCAAAAAGGGAUCAGGUUCAGCCGUGAGAUGUUCAACAAAUGGCAAGCCCAGAGGUGGUGGGCUGAGAAUUAUGACAAGGUUAUGGAGCUCUACAACGUUCAGAGAUUUAACCGCCAGGCUGUUCCCCUCCCAACUCCCCCCAGAUCAGAAGAUGAGAGUUCAAAGAUCGAGUCAGCAGAGGACAGCCCGGUGACACCUCCACUGAGCAAAGAGAGGCUCCCUCGCAACUUCCACAGACCGGUGACAAGCAAGGGUACGGUAUACUCAUCUUCCGAGUCUAUGGAUCAUCACCCAGCCACCCGAGUCAAGAACGGGCACAAUGGCCGACAAUACUAUGACUCGGGAUGUCUGGCAUCAACACCGAAGCUUUCAAGCAUUAGUGGAGCAAAAACAGAGACAUCGUCAGUCGAUGCAGCGUCAAUAAGGACAAGCUCAGAGGCAGAUGCAGACAGAUCUGGUGAACUAUCGGUUUCAGCGGUGAGCAACGCAAGUGAUCAGGAGACAGAGUGGGUGGAGCAGGAUGAGCCUGGUGUUUAUAUUACUAUCCGAGCAUUGCCUGGUGGUAUCAGGGAGCUUCGUCGUGUCCGCUUCAGCCGAGAGAGGUUUGGGGAGAUGCAUGCUAGGUUAUGGUGGGAAGAAAACCGAGCAAGGAUACAUGAACAAUAUCUCUAAGAACGGAUACCAUGAAAACCAAACAUUGCAAAUAUGCAGCGGUUGUCUCCUCUCACGGGUAUAAUUUGCUUCCAACCCAAAACUGCAGCUUUUCCCAAAACUGCAGCUUUUCCCUGAUGCUUUUUGAGUACAUAUUUAUACAUUUCGUCGGCAACAACUAACUGGGGGUUCUAAGGAUGAAUUUCGUUAUGUAUUCCUAUUAAUUUUAGGAUUUUGGUCGUUUUCCAAUUUAAAUUGGUUGUUUGUUUGUUGACAUGUAUGAGAUGCUGGUAAGAAACUAUUUCUAGGGAAAUAUUGAUGUUCUAGUGAGGGCUAUUGAUGUAGAUGUUUGCAGUGCUAAAAGAGACGUGUUUAUAUUCACUAUAGACCAGAUGUCAGUAUGUCACCUUUAAUUUUUGUAAUUUUAUAGUGAGUUAAUUA